AUGUCCUUCCGCAUCCGCUAUCUCUUUUCGUACAGAGAGCUCUCCUCGGGUGUUCGGUACCUUUCUGUCGCUGAAUACUUCCCUCUGAGUCGUCUGGAGCUGUGGAGCAAGGAUGGCGUUCACCUGAGCGACAGUCCUGGGAUGGAGGUUCUUGCCCAGCUGCUGUGGGUUGCCACCUACACGCAGCUGGAGGCAAGUGAACCGAAAUCUCCAGCUCCUGUGACGGCCUCCCCUCCCCCGGUCAGAAGUUCCCCCCCUCCUAGGCUGGUGGUGGUCGGCGAGGUGGCGUCUCCACGUCCUUCCAACCCCUUCGAAUGGACACUCGUGGAAGGUGGCCAGAAGCAGCAGGUCCAGGGUGAUGUCAGUCCACACACCAGCAAGAGGAUGGUUGACCAACAGGGAGACCUGCUGGACUCUUCCAUUCCUCCAAAUCCUGUGUGGUUCAGCCCGGCGUUGCUGGAGGAGAUGGAACGGAUCGUCCCCUCGUCUGGCUGUGACUUCCUGGAACCCACUUGUGCUCCGAAGGGGAAGAAGACCAAGGGAGCGCUGCCUGAGAAGACCAGGCCCGUCCGCCACCAGCCAAGGAGAGAAGUCCCUCCGACUGAGGACUGUGCGCUGGAACCUGCCGUUUGCGGUUCACCAGUCCGGUCUGUGAGGGCUACACAUUCCCAGGCGGACAGGAAAUAUGGUAUUUAUUCACGUAACCAUCAGUGUGCAUGCAUGGCUCUGACCUUUUUGGCUUAUCACAAUGAGGGGUUGCAGUUUGACAAAGUGUUACUUGACAGAGUGCUUGAAAAAGGAGAUGCACUGUAUGUUGGUACAAAACAGCAGCUCAUGUUGGAUGGUACAUUUACUGACGAUCACUUGACAGUGGAAGAGAUGCCCAAGCAGGUAUUGAUGGACAGGAACAUCUACACUGUACACACAACAGGUAUUAGAGUUGGUUUUGUCUUCCGACAUAAUGACAGCCCUCCAACAUCACGACGCUUGGGUUUGGAUCUUGCCUCACAACUGGAGUGCCUGUGUGAAAAUGUGACCCAUGCUUUCCUUCUGGUCACUCCAGAGUUCAUUGCGGUUUUCCGUGACAGAGACGGCAGGUUUGGAGUUUUCGAUUCUCACUCACGGAAUUCAGCAGGCCUCCCCCACUCGAACGGAACAGCAAUAAUGAAGACGUUUAGCAACUUGACACUCAUGGUUCAGCAUAUUUACAAACUCUUUCAAAACCGUGGGCCCCGUGCCACUUAUGAGUUUGUACCAGUAGGGUUUGUCAAUGAUUUUGAUGAUGCCCCUCCUCCUGCCUUGGACUCUGUGAAUAUUUCCCCUGGACCCACAGAAGCAAGACCAGAGGUGCAAAAACCAGAGAGCACUUCUGACAAAGAGGAAAUGCCACCUUGGCUUUGCGAUGUAGCCAAUGCUGUAGAGGAAACCUUCCCAACAGUCCCAGAUGUGUCCAAAAUGCCUAAAGCCAGGAGACAAAAAGUAAAGCAAAGGAUUCAAGCACAGCUAGGACACAGUUUACCUAGAAAGAUAAAACAAAGCACAUCCCAAAAAGAAAGGUGUGAAUUUUGUCCAGCAUUCAAGUUAAGUAAACUACAAGCCUUAAAAAAAACGUAUGUCCUUAAACAACAGCAAAGGAAGGACAACAUCACCAACAGAUACAAGAAUGAUCCUGCUUUUCGUUGGAGACAAAUUAAUUAUGUCAAGGAAAGAUACAAAACUGAUCACACCUUUAGGACAAGACAAAAAACGUACAUGGGGCAGCAUCAAAGAGAGAAAUACAGCAAGGAUCCUUUGUACCAAAUCCGAAAAAGAGAGUAUAUCAGAACACGUUACAGCAGCAAUCCCACCUACCGCACCCGACAGAAAAGAUAUGUGACGUAACAAUACAGCAAGAAUCCCACUUACGGCACCCGACAGAACAAAUACGUGACAGAAAAAUACAGCAACAAUCCCACCUACCGAAGCCGCCAGAAAAUGUACAUUAACGUAAGAUACACAGAUCCCGAAUUCAGAGCCGGGCAGAAAACACUCAUGAGUAAAUAUAUGAGGGAAAAGUAUCAUACCAACUUAGCGUUUUGGGUUCAACAUAUUAAAAAAUGUGCCAUCAACAAAAAGCUAAGGCUGUCAAAGGAAGCGCUUUCCAAAGAUUGGACAAUGCGGUGUGCUCUGCGAAUUCGUAGGAAAUACAGGAGGAACUUUGGCCACCACCAGGAAGCUCCAAAGCCUCAGAUCA